CGCUGAUGGCGGAGCUGGGGAGGUUGCUGCCCCACUUGGGCAAGUGCCCCCGCCAUUUGCUGGUCUGUGAAAAAUCCAACUUCUCGCACAGCAAGUCGGCGCACCGCAAGCACAUAGAUACUCAUUACUAUAACUACAGGCUUGUGUACUUUAAUGCUGUAUGUAGAAGGGCUGUUGGAUGUUUCCACUCUGCAUGAAGACUAAGAUAUCAGAUUUGUUUUCACUUCAGUAAAAGGUCUCUAUUUUGAUACCAGAAUGUAGAAUGAUUCCACCAGCAAUCAGUGCCGUCUGCAGAACUUUAGAAAACUAUUACCUGGUGAAGCAGUUGCCACUCUGUGAAAUCCUUGAGCCUGAAUUCAUCAACACGUAUAUUAAGAAAGGUAACCUUUAUGCAUUGUCAUACAAUACCAGAAUCGAUCAAGACAACACUGUAGCUGUGCUUCCAACAGGGAAGUUAAUUUUAUCUAUUGAUAAGGACACCUAUGAGGAACUUGGCUUAGAAGGACAACCAUCCAAGUACUCCCACAGGGCAGUAAUGAGAUACAUUGUUACAAUUGAUUUGAGUGAAGCCACAUUUGCUCCUGGUAGAAAGAGAUAUAAUCGAGUUAUGUGGGCAUUGAAAGAGAAGAAACCUUUGUCCUUUGACCUUUUGAUGUCCUGUAGAUCCUCAGGUGGAAAUGUAGCAUCUUUGGCAUCUUACUUUGUGAAGUACCAGUGCCAGGUAUACCGGCCCACACUGUCAGUCCAGAUAUUAAAUGAGACCGUUUGUCCUGUUGUACUGAGUGAUGAACUGAAUGGAAAAGAAAGUGAAUCAUGUGGCUCUCAGGAAUUCCUGGACUGGCUUGGGGCAGCAUUCAGUGAUAUUAAUUGCAAUAAUCAGGCAGACAGCUUUCUGUCUUCUUACUGUUGUCCUGAACCCAACACUGUCCUGGAUAAGGCAUGCCUUUGUACCAUUUCUGGCUUUAUAAUUCCGGAAGGAAUAAAUCAGUUAUUGGACCAGCUUAGGUUGUAUUUUGAGGAACCGAAGCUGGCCCCAUGGGUCAGUAUGACAGUUCAUGGCUUUGCAGACAGCCCAGUAUCCUGGGGACAGAGUGAACAUGGCUACCAUAAAGGAGGAGAGAACCUCUACAAUUUUGUUCUGUUCAGGAACCAGGAUUACUGGUUGCACAUGGCUGUGGGAACUCAGAGUAACUGUCCACCAUAGCAUUAUAACUGCCAUCUACCUCCUGAGCCACAGUUCGGCCUUUGAAGAGGAGCUAUGGGAUUUGAUUUAUUAAUAACUGCUUUAGACAAAGGAAGCUAAAAUAUAUUCAACUGAAAAAUUAAGGUAUACAAAAUGCUCACAAUGCUAUUCUGAAACAUUUAAUGUUCUCUCUUUUUUAAAUGGUCUUCAUAAGAUUUCACAAGAGAGCUUAUUUAUGAAUAGGCUUUCAACCUUUCAUUUCAGAGAAGCAUUUUCAGUUUGUAAUGGUAUUUGGCAAAAUUAUGGGUAUGAAGAAAAAUUCAGUUAAUAAGGUAAGAUCAGUCUCAAUAGGCAUAACUAAUAAAAUGUGUAUUGGUUUGUACACUGAAUCUACAGCUUGCAUGGUGAAGCUGUUCUGUGUUUUGAAAUCUACUUAUUCAUGAAGUUGCUUUAUACAAAGGUGCAUAAUGUAGAAGGAAACCUACAGUGCAAUUUAGCACCACAUGUGAUCAUUUAACUUUCAAAGUUUCCCAGGACUAUUAGGUGCCUGGUCAGAAUGAGGAAACUGGAAGUCAUCUUGGAAUAACAAAGGCUAGGAGGGGAUUUGAUGAAGGUGUGCAGGACCAUAAUAGGAGCAAGUUUGGCUGGAGAUGUGAGGAUGGAGUUAAUUUCAAAACUUAGUGCAAUGUUAGUGAAAUAAAAAGCAGUUCCUUCAAAGGGAAUAGAAUUGGUACUUAAAAUAUUUUCUGAUCCGUGAGAAAAGAGCAUUUUCAGGAUUAGAGGCAUGAAUUCAGUAGUAGCCUUCCGUACUGUAAGAAUUCAUGACUAGAUAUAGUACAAGACAAUUCAAUAGAAGACUAUUAAUUUUUUUAAAGUUUUGCAAAUUACAGAGCUGGAGUUGAGUUAGUUGGAUAGCUCUUUCAGAGAGCCAGUUAGCUCUAUGUACCAAAUGGCCUUCAAUGCUGCCCACCAGUUUAUUACAAAACAAAAAGUAACUGUACAAUCACUAAAACAUCAAAAGAACAUCAACAAUAGAAACAUUUGCAGAUGCUGGAAUUCCAAGCAACAUACCUAGGACUGGGAAAAGAUAAUCAAUUAUUUUUUUGACCGGCUCAACUACAGAAUGCUUUUGGAGAAAGCUGGGGAUAGAAAUUCCACUUUUUUUUUUGUUUAGAUGCAUACAGUUCAACCAAAGAUAAUAAAAUCUACACAAUUCCUGCUUAAAAUUUCAAUUAAUCACCUUUUGUGCCCAUCCAGACAUUUUGGAGAACUCAAUGUGAUCAAGAAUUCAGUAUAGAUUUUAAAAAUUGGGUUAUUCACUAGUAGAUAAGAAAUAGAUAUAAAAUACAAAAUAUAUGAUAAACCAAUUUUUAUCUUCAUUCAUGAAACUGUACCAAGCAAUCAAUUUUAACUAGCUAAAAAUAAGUUAAAGCAGUGUUUUCUAUGAAAACAAAAAUCUGUGGUAUGUUAAUUCAUGUGAACCUUUACUUAACUGACAAAAGUACAAAGAAAAGAUUUUCAAUAGUUUUACUGACCAACUUAAUUAUAUUUUGUAAAUAUACACAAAUUUAGAAUUUGAUGGCUGCAACACACUCAACAAAAGUUGGGACAGAGUUGAAAUAAGAUUGAAAAGUGCACAGAAUAUUUAAGUAACACUGGUUUGGAAGACUCCACAUUAAUGGAUCUUGUCUCCAACAUCCAUAUCCAAGUCAUUCACGUAUUUUACAAACAGCAAGGGUUCCAACACCAAUCCAUGUGGGACACAAAUAGAGGCAUCCAGAUGUAAAAACAACCCUCUGUCUCCCAUUACAUCGAGUUUUGGAUCCAUUAUGCCAAAGAUGCCAGGAGUGCAUAGCUUUUGAACCAUGCAGGAAAUUGUCAAACUGGAGUCCAAAUAUUUCACACUACUAUUUUGCCCUCAUCAAUCUCUUCAAAACAUUGAUCGAAUUAAAACUGCCAUUAGGAAAGCCAUGUGGCCAUCUUUAAUUAGUCCCUGCUUUUUCAAAUUAUUAUUAAUCCUGUCCUUUCCAAUAUCUUCCUUAUAUAACCAUAACCAUAUAACAAUCACAGCACGGAAACAGGCCAUCUUGGCCCUCCUAGUCCGUGCCGAACCCUUAAUCUCACCUAGUCCCACCUACCCGCACUCAGCCCAUAACCCUCCACUCCUUUCCUGUCCAUAUACCUAUCCAAUUUUGCCUUAAAUGACAAAACUGAACUGACUUCUACAGGAAGCUCAUUCCACACAGCUAUCACUCUUUGAGGAAAGAAAUACCCCCUUGUGUUUCCCUUAAACUUCUGCCCCCUAACUCUCAAAUCAUGUCCUCUAGUUUGAAUAGUUGACGUUAGGUUCUUAAGUCUGGUUAUCUGUUGCCUUUCUUAAAAAAGGGACUCUGUUUGUUGUCCAGUCAUCUGGCACUUCAUUUGUGUCCAGCAAAGAUUUAAAAUUCCCAGCAAUCAUUGAUAAUACAAGUGUCAACGAUGAAAACUAGCAGAUAUAAACUGUCUCUUGGUAACAAAUAAGUUCAGUUUUUAUAGACAAUUUUGACUGACUAAGUUGGAAAACAAAAAAACAAUUGUUAAUGUGUAACCAUAUCCCCCCCCCCCACAGUAUUGUAAUAAAUUGCAUAAUUUAUUCAAAUAUAUUACUGAAAGUGAAGCUGUGGCUAAGCAAACAUCACAUGUUGUCACUACUUCCCAAGGAGGAGCAGGUGAAACAAAAUGUUUUUUUAAACAUUGGCUGCCUUAGUAGUGCGUUUACAGGGGAUGUUAAACAAUGGUUGAACUAAAUAUUUGAUAUUUAAGGUUAUGUUGUUGAAAUAAGUGAAAAUGUUUCAAAUUCCAAGGCAUGUUUUAACUAAGCAUGUAGCAGAGGACCCUCAGGAUGACAUAUAUCCAAGUAACAGUGUGUCUAAUGUCCUGCUCCACGUUCUGUUGCAGACAGAGCAUCUUUUGUGUCUAAUUAGUCCUCUGUGCAUAUUAAAACAGGCUGAUUUAGCUGCAUUAAUCGCACGUCAGUGAUUAUUGAAGGACAAACAUGCGCUGGAAGAUUAAGAGCAGCUAAGGAAAAGGAAGGAGCAGUUAAAGUUGCAAGAAGAAAUUGCCGUACAGAUGUCCAAGGUUCAAAUGCAAAGGGUUUCAAGUGAGGGGAGUGCUAAAAGUGUUGUAGCAGGACGGUACAAUGGUGUGAGUUCCUAUAUUGAUAAGGUCACAGAGAAAACCCACACAUUCAAUGUCAGUGUUGAUUCAUAUGUUCCUUAAGUAUCUGUGAAAUGUGAGUUAGACCCUCAAGGUAGUUCAAGGCUUUCACUCUUAGCCAGCUCUGAGGAGACUCUCUGAACCUACAAUACGUCAUAUCCAGCAGCUCAAAGUGCUCGUGUGACUCAGCAUGGAAACACUCAUGGAAACAUGGAUUAUAGAAAUCUGAGUAGUACAACUGAUAAUAUAAGGAAACAAAAUGAAAUAACAACCUUAAUUGUAUAACAGCAACACAUUUUAUCCUUUCCCAAAAGAUUCAAAUCUUUGACGGCAAUCUAUUGGAAUAUCGUGUAUCGAUGAGGGCUUUGGUUAGUAUUGGUCUGUGAGCCAGGAUCCCAAAUUUGGGCCACCGGUACUAUCUGGGGGGGAAUAAUUCUUACAGUGAUUUUUGGCAAGGAUACACCCCUAGUGCUAGAAAAUAUGUGAUAGCAUUGUAGCAGUGGUAGCUUUCCAUCACAACAAUGGAGAGCUAUCCACAUUCUGGAUAUCAUACGUUGACAUGGUAGAGAACGUAGUACUUGGGCUUCUGCGCACCUCUCAUGACGGGAACUGGGAGUUGCACCUCCAUGCUGUAAGAACCAUGAUUCCAUGGUGCUUUGCCUAUGAUAAGAUGAAUUAUGCCAGGUACCUGUCCCCUUACUUUGCUCAGAUGAUGAAUCUCCCAGAGAAGUAUCCUUCUGUGUAUGGGGCCUUCAAGUCAGGCCAAUUCUCAGUGCAGCUGUCAAGUCAAGUCACUUUUUAUUUCUCAUUUCGACUAUAACUGCUGGUACAGUGCACAAUAAAAAUGAGAACAUUUUUCA